AAAUAAUCUAUGUACAACCUUUUAUAAUAACCAUAUAUGGCUUUUUUCUUUCCUUUCUCUUUCUCUUUUUCUUUUUCUAUUUUUCAUUUUCUUUUAAUAAAGUCUCCUCAUUUAUACCAUCAAUAAUGGAAAGUAGUACCAUCAGUCAAUCAACUUCCAUUCUAAACACAAACCGUUACUCUUCAGCAUCGACAAAGUUACCUUCAAUAACUAAUAAUACUAGCUCUUUAAUGCCAGCAUUGGAAUUCACAAUUCAAGAAAAUAUACCAGUUGACAUUUCUAAACAUAAUUCACAAGCUUUCUAUACAACUCUUUCAUAUAAAAAUGACAUAUUUUAUUACUAUCAACAAGACCCACCACCCUCUAUAGCAACUAAUCGACAAGAACAAGAGGCUGCAAGUGAUCAACAACCAUCUAUCAAUAUAUAUCUACUCUAUAAUGAGCAUAAACAUCCCUUAUGGCAACUAACACAUAGAGACCGAUAUAGAAUAACUCUAAAAUACCAACAACAUUAUUGCUCAUUAACAAUGAUGGCAUCUCCACAAUUUAGAUUCACUUUCUCAAAUCAAACCUAUUAUUGGCAAAUGCAACCUACACCAUCAAGCUAUGCUUUAAAAUGUUAUCAAAUAGAGUCGGAAGAAACUGUAAUAGCUGACUUACAAAAUAAUCGAUUUUCUCUAUUUUAUCCUUCUUCUACCAUUACCAACAAUCCCUUCAGACAACAACAACAGCAGCAGCAAACCUUCAAUAGUGAUUUUUUACGAAUUGAUCCUUUUACAACACUUUUAGUAUUAACUGGAUUAUUAGUGAAUCAAUAUGUUAAGAAUAGGUUGCCAUCUUCAGAUGGUGGGAAUGCUUUACCAAUGAUUGUUGUGAAACCUAAUGAUACCACCAAGUUAUUAUCAGAUCAAAUCAAUGUAAGCCGAAAAUCAAAUGAUAGAAUGGACUAUGAAGUAGAGCAGGAAGAAGAUACUACAAGUAUUUCAUCGUCGUCUAAUGACAACCAUAACAGAAAUUAUCCAGGUCAUCAAAACUUAGUGGAUGAUUCUGAGCAACAAGGAAAUCGAUGGUCGACUUCUGUAGCUUCCUUUAAGAGUAUUGAAUUAGAUUCUGGCUUAUGUCAUUGUUGGUGGGGCUACACCUGCUGGUGGUCUUGGUUCCCCUUCUGUAUGCCAGGUGGCUGGUGUGAUAGGAUAUAUAAUCGAAUAACGAAAAAGACAGAAACAAAUAAUAGUAGUAAUAACAAUAGACCAAAUAAAAUAACUCGAUCAACUAGAACGUUGUCAAAGCAAGGUUGGCAACAACAACAUUAUUAAUAAACAUCAUGACUAGUUGUAUUUCUAUCAUAGCGUAUCGUUAGUGUGUCGCUUUUAAAAAAUUUGACUGAAUAAAUAUGAAGUAUGUAAAGAAUAUCAUGAUUUCCUAAAAUUUAUAACUCAAAUGAAUGCAUCAUUUUCAAUGUCCUUGAUAAAGAAAGACCAUUAUGGUUUUCCCUUGUUCC